AUGAGGCCUGUUGGAGAAUUUGCCACAACUCACCAGGAACCAUACAUUCGUACUAGAGAGAAUCCAUACUUUGAUGGCCUUCUAAGAUCUAAUAAUAUCGGUGAAACAAGACCCAAAAACUUUGUCUCAGAUAUGUCUGAAGAUGUUAUGGACUUGUCACUGGACAAUUCAGCUGUCUCAAUCUUCAACUAUGAAUCUUCUGAACAUUCUUCAUCUGAGAGAUGGUUAAAAACCAGCAAAAUUGCUCCAUUCAUACAACUAGAUAUUCAAUCUGAGCUUAUUGAAUUGGCUAAUCCAAAACAUCUUGGAUAUGCAAAGACGUACAUUGUCACUAGAAGAAGAGAAAAGCUAUCGAGUAUUCUACUUCCACUAUCUGCUGCUUCAUACUACAAUGGAGUGUCACCAGAAAUGGAAAUUGUUGAAUCAUGUGAAAGCAUUGACAAGCUAAAUGCAUAUUUGAAAGCAAGAAAGGAUGAUGUCAACGCUGGCGUGCCUGGGAAAUUCUUACAUGCUGUAAUGGGUUCAGAUGAUGCUGAUGUGGGAACUGUAGCUUCAACCAUCAUGUAUUCCUUCUACCUAAAUAUAAGUUCAGAAAACGAUCAAUUCUGCACAGUUCCAAUUAUUAACAUUAACCGGGCAAAUCUUGGCUCCCAUGUUGAACUCAAGUGGUUGCUUGAUUCAUGUAAUAUUGAUCAGUCAUCCUUAAUUUUUGCAGAUGAGGCAAGUUCUAUAACACUGUUCUACGUACAGUUAUAUGUGAAACAAAUUGAUCUGUCGUACUAUGAUCUAUUUGGAAGUCUUAAGAUAGUACUGUUAAAGAGCAGUAGGAUUGCCAGAAAGCAAGAGAAAUUGAAGCGGGCUGUGGUUGAGAUUUUUCACUGCAGAAAGGGUGAGACAAUACAUCCAUGGGUUAAAACUGUCGCAACAGAAGAGGAAAAUUCUUGUUGUACUGCCAUUGCAGACAAAUUUGCAACAUAUUCACCUGAAAUUUUGGCUAGCAAAUCAUUCAGUAAACUUCUGCUAGCUGGCAUCCUUUUGGAUACUGCGAAUCUAAAGGACCCCCACUGCACCUCAAAAGAUAAGUACAUGGCUUCAUUAUUGAUCAAUGGUGCCGGUCGUUAUGGAUUCAAUGGUCUUUACCAACUAUUGAGGCAUAAAAUGCAUGACCUUUCCUCCCUCCAAGUAGCUGAUAUCCUACGAAAGGAUUUGAAGAAGUGGACAGGACAAGUGUCGGAGAGACUUCGAGUACUUAUUGUCGUUUCGGGGUAUUACAAUGAGGGAAAGAAUUUCAAGAGAGAAGUUUUAGUAUCUACGGAGUCUGUGAAGCUAUUGGAGAGUUUGCUCUUUUUCUUCGAUUUCAAUGCCUCCCGGCUGCCACUCAAAAGUCUGAAAAAUGAGAUGAAAGCGUACGAGAUUGAUAAGAUUACAUCAAGAAAAACAUUAGAGCAUCUGAUAGAAGAGUUCAUUGGGAUACCAAAAGCCUAA